GGUAAGCACGCGCGGCACUGCAAUUCCCCUGUUUCUACUUCACACUCUUCCCCUUCUCUUUGCUCUCCACACUCCCCCGCUUCUAGGUUAUACGGCGCGCCCCAUCUCUUCUCUGGGUGCACUUUCUUCAGUGACAGCGGCGCACCAUCAAAGAACUCUUAGGUCUCUGAAUUCCGAAUAUGACUUCGUUCCUGAAGCCUGAGAAUGCCCUCAAAAGGGCUGAAGAAUUGAUCAAUGUUGGGCAGAAGCAGGAUGCUCUGCAGACACUGCACGACCUUAUUACCUCGAAAAGGUACAGGGCAUGGCAGAAGACCCUCGAAAGGAUUAUGUUCAAGUAUGUGGAACUCUGUGUAGACAUGCGCAAGGGACGGUUUGCAAAGGACGGGCUCAUUCAGUACCGUAUCAUAUGCCAGCAAGUGAAUGUUAGCUCCCUGGAGGAGGUUAUCAAGCACUUCAUGCACCUAUCCACUGAAAAAGCUGAACAAGCCCGUAGCCAGGCACAGGCAUUGGAAGAAGCUCUUGAUGUCGAUGAUUUAGAGGCUGAUAAAAGGCCAGAGGACUUGAUGCUGAGCUAUGUCAGUGGGGAGAAAGGAAAGGACAGAUCUGAUCGGGAGCUUGUUACCCCUUGGUUUAAAUUUCUUUGGGAAACAUAUAGGACUGUGCUUGAAAUAUUGCGCAACAACUCAAAGCUGGAAACUUUAUAUGCUAUGACUGCUCAUCGGGCUUUUCAGUUUUGUAAGCAAUAUAAGCGAACCACAGAGUUCCGCAGACUAUGUGAAAUCAUAAGAAACCAUUUGGCCAACCUUAAUAAGUAUCGUGAUCAACGUGACAGACCAGAUCUUUCAGCUCCUGAGAGCUUGCAACUGUAUCUGGAUACAAGAUUUGAGCAGCUGAAAAUUGCAACAGAACUCGAACUUUGGCAGGAAGCUUUUAGAUCUGUUGAAGAUAUACAUGGACUGAUGUGCUUGGUCAAGAAGACGCCGAAGCCAUCUUUGAUGGUUGUUUACUAUGCUAAGUUGACAGAAAUAUUUUGGAUAGGCUCAAGUCAUCUAUAUCAUGCAUAUGCAUGGUUCAGGCUAUUUUUAUUGCAAAAGAGUUUCAAUAAGAAUCUGAGUCAGAAGGAUUUGCAAUUAAUAGCUUCAUCAGUUGUUCUGGCUGCACUUUCAGUGCCUCCUCAUGAUCGCACUCAUGGAGCAUCUCAUUUGGAACUGGAACAUGAAAAGGAAAGAAAUUUGAGGAUGUCUAAUCUUAUUGGGUUUAAUAUGGAAACUAAACCUGAAAGCAGAGAAAUGCUUUCAAGAUCAUCACUUCUUGCUGAACUGGCAUCCAAGGGCGUGAUGUCUUGUGUAACUCAGGAAGUGAAGGAUAUUUACAACAUUUUUGAGCAUGAAUUCCUUCCUUCAGAUCUUGCAGUAAAAGUGCAGCCCUUGUUGGCUAAAAUAUCAAAGUUAGGGGGUAAGCUUUCCACUGCUUCAUCUGUCCCAGAGGUGCAGCUGUCUCAAUAUGUCCCUGCACUAGAAAAGUUAGCUACCUUGAGGUUGCUCCAGCAGGUGUCUAAUGUGUACCAGAGUAUGAAGAUUGAGACCUUAUCUGGCAUGAUCCCAUUUUUUGAUUUUUCUGUUGUGGAGAAGAUUUCUGUUGAUGCUGUUAAACAGAAGUUUCUUUCAAUGAAAGUUGACCACAUGAGAAAUGUUGUAAUUUUCUGCAAAAUGAGUCUUGAGUCUGAUGGCUUACGGGACCACUUGGCAAAUUUUGCUGAACAUUUGAAUAAGGCUAGGCAGAUGAUUUAUCCUGCUGAAAAAAAACCUUCGAAAAUUGGAGCUUUGCUUCCAACUUUGACCGAGGUUGUUGCCAAGGAACAUAAACGGCUUCUAGCUCGAAAAUCUAUUAUUGAGAAGAGGAAAGAAGAACAAGAGCGGCAGCUUCUGGAAAUGGAGCGUGAGGAAGAAUCAAAGAGGUUAAGAGUGCAGAAAAUGAACGAAGAGGCUGAAAAAUUGAGAGUUGCAACUGAAUUUGAGCAGAGGAAAAAUGAGAGGCUCCGCCAAGAGAUAGAGGAAAGAGAAAAGGAAGAAACUAAAGCUUUGUAUGAGGAAGCUGAGAAAAAAUUAAAAAACAUGAAGGGGAAAAAGCCACUUAUUGAGGGGGAUAAAAUUACCAAGCAAACCUUGAUGGAAUUGACUUUGAAUGAACAACUCCGAGAAAGACAGGAAAUGGAGAAAAAACUCCAAAAACUGGCAAAAACCAUGGAUUAUUUGGAAAGGGCAAAAAGGGAAGAGGCUGCUCCCUUGAUUCAUGCUGCAUAUGUAAAGCGCCAAGAGGAAGAGAAGAUUCUUCAUGAGCAUGAGCAGCAGCAAGAGAUUGAAGUGAGUAGACAACGUCAUGAAGGAGAUCUCAAGGAGAAGGAGAGGCUUGCCAGAAUGAUUGGCAAUAAAGAGAUAUAUCAAGAGAAAGUUGUUAGUCGACGCCAGGCUGAAUUUGACAGAUUGAGGAAGGAAACGGAGGAGCGGAUCUCUAGGAUAUUACAGUCCAGGAAACAGGACAGGGAAAGGUUGAGGAAGUGGAAGUAUUAUCUGAAUGUGGAAGAAGAGAGGCAGCAAAAGUUGCGCGAGGAGGAAGAAGCAAGGAAGCGCGAAGAGGCUGAGAGGCGAAGGAAGGAGGAGGCUGAACGUUUAGCGAAAUUGGAAGAGAUAGCAGAGAAACAGAGGCAAAGAGAGCGGGAACUGGAAGAAAAGGAAAGACAAAGAAGAGAGGCAUUGUUGGGAAGAGGUGCCGAGCCAGCUUCAAGGCCUACUGAGAGUCUUGCACGCCCACUCGAGUCUGGAUCUGCUGCUCCUGCUGCAGCUGCCGCUGCUGCUGCACCAGCCCCAGGGAAGUAUGUCCCUAGGUUCCGCCGUGAGAAACCUGAUGGUGCAGCUGCUCCUCCUGAAACAGACCGCUGGAGUAACAGUAGCAGCCGGCCAGAUGGUGACAGGUGGGGUCGUGGUGAAGAUCGCAGAUCAGCAUUUGGUUCUGGUGUGGGUUCUAGGUCAUCUUCAACCUGGUCAUCCUCGAGGAACCCUCGUUAAUCACCCUGUUCCCAUCUGUUUAAAGCUGAUGUCAUUCUGGCCCUCAAUUGGAGGGUACAAUGCAUUGCAUUGCAUUGCCUGAUGUGCGGUUCUCAUGACCUUGUCGAGCUCUUUUUGUACUCUCCCCAAUUUGAGUUCUAGAAUUUUUUUUUGAUACUUGGUUCGUAAAAUUUGUUUUAUCUCCUAAUGCAUGUGGGUCCUAGAUUAUGCAACAAUUUUCUAUUUAUGAUCGAGCAGAUUGGAUAUGGUACUCGGAAUUUCAAGUCAGAAGUAAUGCAGACUUAAUUUUCGA